CCUCGGUGGGUGACUGCGGUCACACGAGACAUUUUCUCGCCAAUUAUUCCCUUCGUCGACUUGCGGCGGGCACUAAAUGGCAUCUCGCCGCGGGAUGCACCUGAAGGCACCACACGCACGCACGCACGCGCAGGCAACGCGCGUUGACCUGCCCCCACUGCGUGUUAUGAAUGCGAGCCCACGCGUGGCUUUUGUCCCGUGAUGGGGAGAAGAAUCACAUGGAGCCACCGUGCUGUCAUCCUGCUGGCCGUCAUCAUGGGCUCGUGUCGGGCCAUCACUCUGGACUCCAUCCUCUGGGGCAGCGCCAACACAAACUUUACUCCAGGCCAAGGUCUGGUCCUCUACCCUCAGAUUGGGGACAAGAUGGAUAUAGUCUGUCCACGGGCAGACGCCUCCAAGGGGGAAAGCGAGGAGUUCUACCGAGUGUACCUGGUCUCCCGGAGUCAGAUGGAGAGCUGCGCUAUUCACAAGAAGGACACACCCCUGCUGAACUGCGAUAAGCCGCACCGAGAUGUCAAGUUCACGUUCAAGUUCCAGGAGUUCAGCCCCAACCUGUGGGGACUGGAGUUCCUCAAGGGGAAGGAUUACUACAUCACUUCUACAUCUACAGGAGCUCUGCAAAGUCUGGAUAACACUAAUGGAGGCGUGUGCAGGACCAAAUCCAUGAAGCUGGUGCUGAGAGUCGGGCAAAGUUCCUCAGAUCCUCGAUCAACACUUCAGGAGUCCCCGACCAGAUUUUCCCCGACACAACCAAAACUGAAAGCAAAGGAUGCAGCUAAAGAUAAUGAUAUCAAGAGCAAAACCGACGCAGGCUCAGAAGCAGGGCAGUUCAACCCCGGUGGCAGUGGUGGCUCACAGCCAGGACUGUUGAUAUGGGUGGUCUCGGCCUGUGUGAUCCUCCUCCUCCUCAUCAUCAUCCCGUCGGCCGUGCUGUGGAAGUGUCGUCGCUGUGUCCCAGAUAGGCAGCAGUCUGCGUCUGUGUCCCUCAACACUUUAGCUGUGCCAAAGCGGGACAGCAUCAGCAGCGACAACAUUGGCUCGGACCGCAGCGAGAUCGUCUUUCCUCUGCAGGCCUCCGACAGCAGGCUCUGUCGACAUUUUGAGCGUGUGAGCGGCGAAUAUGGACCCCCUGUGUACAUUGUUAAGGAGAUAAUGCCCCAGACCCCCACUAACAUUUACUAUAAAGUCUAAGUUUGGCUGCUUGCAAUGGCAUUUCUUCUUUGCUAAUAAUGUUAUUAGCACUGUGGACAAGAGGACAGAACAGCUUGCCUCAUAAAAUAAGUAUUUUUUUGUGAAGAGACAAUCAGAGAGAAACAUCCAAGGAGACUAAUCAAUAAUCGAUUACACACAUUUAGUAAAUAAACAAUUUGCCUAUGCCCUGCGAUUGGCUGGCAACCAGUUCAGGGUGUACCCCGCCUCCUGCCCGAUGAUAGCUGGGAUCGACCCUAGUGAGGAGAAGCGGCUCAGAAAAUGGAUGGAUGGAUGGACGACUUGCCUAUUAUGAUUUCUAAUUGAAGCUGUUUUGAAAUAUUUUGGAACUUGUAGUCUCAAAUUAUAUCUCGCAUCUUUCGUAAA